AUUUUAAAAUUUGGGUAUGAGUAUUUUGCCUUAAGGAAAGAAAUUGGAUAAUUUUACUAUUAUUAUUGUCUGUUAUUGUCUCGUAUCUUGACAGUAGGACUACGGCUAUAUGAUUAUCUCUACAACUACUCUCUUGGCAGAUCAAAAGCUCUGAAAUGGAUAUAGAGUUGUCAUUUUGGAAAAUUUUGCUUAUAAAGAUAAAACUAUCUGUUAUUAAUUGGUUUGGGAGAUUUUGUGAACAAUUCGGACUAAUAAUCAAUCCUUUAACUUGGGACGAUAUUCUAUCGUCAUUCGAUAAAAAGGAUCAAAAAGGUGCGAAUUCGGAUGUUUUUUUGGAAAAUCAAAAGAAAAUUAUAAAUGAAAUUCGACUAGUUAAAAGUAAAGCACCAGUAAGAUUUCGAGAAGGAAUAAAAUAUAAUAUAAGAAGAGUAAUUAAACAACGUUUAUUAAUGAAUAAGUUAAUACUUGAAGAUCCUUCUAUUUUUAAGAUUCCAAUAGUAAAACCAGUAUUUAUUAUUGGUUUACCGAAAGCUGAUACGACCCUCUUACAUAAUAUAUUUGGUUUGAAUGCGAAAUUUCGUGUCCCUUUAGCCUAUGAAUUGAGAAAUUAUAGUGAAAUAACAAGUCUAGCAAUAGACAAAGAUCCAGUUUAUCAUGAAUUAAAUAGGCUAAUUAUUUGUUAUAAAUCUUGUAUAAGCUCAAAUUAUUGUCAAAUGAAGAAUAUGAGAGCCGAUAAGCCAGAAGAAUGUCACUUGAUCUUUGAGCAUUUGGGUUUAAUUUUUGAAUACGUCUACGCCUUUUCGCCUAGUGACAUGUUGACUUACAAGAAAUUUAUGAAAGCCACUCUAAAUGAUAAACCAUACCAGUUUGAUAUUUAUAAUUAUUAUAAACAAAUUAUACAAAUGAUUCUAAGGAAUGAUCAAGAUAGAACAAAGAGAUUUGUUGCUUCCAGUUCAAUACAUCUUCUCUAUUUACCAAUAUUAGUUAAACUAUUUCCCGAUGCUCAUUUUAUACUUAUACAUAGAAAUGUUUAUCAAUGCAUUUUAUCGCUUUGUUUAGAACUUGAAAUUUUUCUUAAAGAAGACUGGAUGAUUAAUAGUGAUCAUAUCGGUAGGAGCGUUUUAGCACAUUUUUCUGAUUAUUCAAGAAUAGGGUUAAGAAAUCGGCGAUUCCUUGAAGAUCAAGGUUUAGCAAAUCGAUUUAUUGACGUUGAUUACGAAAAUUUAAAAAAUUGCGAUACAAACGGGACUAUUCAAGAAAUAUACAAGAAACUAGAAGAGAACAUAUCUGUGGACGAUAUGGAAAAUCUAACCAAUUUUAUGGAAGAAUAUAAGGGUAAGGACGAUGGUGUUGAAAGUUCCUCUCUUGAUAAAUUUGGAUUGACAUAUGAUAAAGUUGGAUCAGAAAUGGUCGAGUAUAUUGAUUUUAUGCAGAAGUUAUGUCUAAAUCAUUGAACAUUCGUGAUAAAAGUAUGUAAUGAUUACU